UAGCGCUUUGCCCUCGUCUUUCAACUGCUGGCGAGUGGAGACCUACCGCGAAAUACGCAGACGCGAAGAGCGUUCUUGCCAACAAAUGGCAAUGGCAAAGUAUUUUAGUAAUUGCUGGCUAAGUAGGAGCAACGUAUUCAAUCGAUCGACUAAAUGCCGCAGUGUAUAGCAAACGUAUGCGAUUUUUCUUGACGUUUGGAAAGGCCAAAAGAGAGUAGUUUUUUUUAUUGAUGUUAGUGAUAGGCCCUCUGUUUUGUUUUGGUUGGACGAUAUUUGACGUUUAACCGGUAAUCAAUAACAUUACAAUUACAUCAUCGGUAUUGUUUUACUGCAUCAAAAUCUCGACUUUUACAUCUACUCUGCUAAGAUGUGGACAAUAGCCUCACGCUUCACAUCCCGAUGCCAGACACUUACAGUGAAAGCAUCGCAAGCCAAUCAAGUCAGAUGUUUCUGGGAAUAUGUAAACAUGAUGUUCAAUAAGCCGGAUGCAGAGCGUAUAAAACUAGUUGGCCCUGACCGUGCGUGUGCUGAGUGGGUGCUGCGGAACGGGGGCACCGUUGAGUGGGUCGGAGGGCAGAAGCUUGCAGACUACAAUUUGCUGCCAGCUAAUGACCAACCAGUCCCAAGACUGGCAGUAAUUGAUGCUACAAAUUCAUCAAUAUCGCAUUAUGGUUUCUCUCAUUUAAUUGGAUGCAUCAAACUGUAUAAGAUCAUACUUCACAAAAGUUCAUAUAUUGAGGAUAGAGCAUUGAAGGGUUUAUCACAUGGUAAAGACUCUUUAACUCACUUACAAGUCUCAGAUAUAGCGGACGUCAGUGAUGCUGGGCUCAAGAAUUUAAAAGAUUGCCACAAUCUACAAAAUUUGGUACUGUUUGAUUUGAAAAAUGUAAAUGACUUGGAAGAAUGUAAACAGUAUUUGGCAUCACAGUUACCUAACUGUAAAAUACAAGGAGCAGAUGAGGUAACAAAAGAGAAACCUUCAUAGAUGGAAUGCUUUAUAGUGAAGCCAGGACAUAAAUCAAUACAUUGUUAAAAUAAACUAAUAAAUAUUAAAAUAAAUCAAA